GCGGCCGCCACUUUCGCUUUCUGCCCGCCUCGGAAUGAGGACGCGCCGUCGCCUCUGCGCCGCCCUGGCGUGCUCGGCGCUGCAGCUGCUCUGCCUGCAGGCACAUGUGCUGCCUUACACCCCGUCUCAGUCUCAGUGCCUCAACCCGGACAGAGAAUACUAUGAAGAAAGCAUCAACAAAUGCUGCAGCUUAUGUCCUCCAGGGUUUCUCCUCCUUCAGGGCUGCAACCACAGUGCCAACACGCAAUGCGCCGAGUGCCAGGAAGGGAUGUACAAGAAGGCCUGGAGCCGAGCAGGGCGGUGUUUCAGUUGUUCACCCCGUUGCAAAGAAGGAUUUGUGGAGGAGAUGAAAUGCACCAGGACUCAAAACAGAGCCUGCUGGUGUCCACCCGACCACUUUUGCAGCUCCUUCGUAUCUGAGAAAUGCUACAAUUGCCAGCCGUACCAGAAAUGCCAAAAGGGGUAUGGAGCUGUCCAAGUGGGCAAGAGAAAAACGGACGUGGUGUGCGCCCCCUGCAGACCGGGCACAUUUUCUGACCAUGAGUCUCACACGGCUGCCUGCACCCCGCACAGGAGUGGAAACGCGGAAAACCAGAGUGGCUACGGAUUACUGGGGACAGGGCCGUGCAGCAGUAAACAGGACAUUCGCACAUGGCUCUCGGCCAUCUCAUCAGACUACCCACUCCACUCCCCUGCCGGCUUCUCCUUAAAGGAGAGAGUUUAA